CACAUGCUCUUGUGCAAUGACAUACUUUUCCAACCACUGGCAAAAGCAGAGCAGGCUUUAAAAACACAAAGAGAACAUCCACCAUUUACAUGACAGAGCUCAUGGGAACAAAAAUGUCUCACCCUGUUUAUGGAAAUAUAAACACUCAUGGAACACGGAAUAUGGACAGCCGCAACAAGAGAAACCAAACACCUCAACACACAGGAAGUGAUUCAGUGAAGAUCAGACGCUCCAGAUCAGCUGUAGUGUGUUUGGUGCUGCUGUGUGUUCUUCUGCUGACUGCAGUCAUAGUGCUGUGUGUCCACAUCCAUACAAACAACACAAACUACACACAAGAGACACACCAGCUACUAACCAAGAUUACCAACCUCACAGAAGACAGAGCUGAGCUGUUAACCAUAAUUACUAACCUGACAGAAGAGAGAGAGCAGAUACUAAACAAGAACAUAAACUUGAGCAAUGAAAGGGAUGGAUUAUUAAACAAGAACAACAACCUGGAGAAACAAAGAGACAAGGUCAAUCAGGAGAAAAAUGAAAUGUUGAAAAGUCUUCGUGAAAUGGAUUCACAGAGACUGAAAAUGUCAGACAGUAUUUAUGGCAAUAUAAACACUGAUGAAAUAUGGGAAAUGGACAGCAGAGAUGGAGAAGAGUUGAAGAGUGGCAUCAAUGGAGAUACUACAAAGAGUCGCGAUGUCAGGACAAGAACAGAGAAACAAACACCUGGGAAUACAGGAAGCGAUUAUGUGAAGACCAGAAGCUCCAGAGCAGCUGUAGCGUGUUUGGUGCUGCUGUGUGUUCUUCUGCUGACUGCAGUCAUAGUGCUGUGCGUCCAAGUCUUUACAAACAUUGAUCUGUUUCAACUUAAGAGCAAAAACAUCAUGGAAGAAAGACUCCAGCUACUAACCAAGAUUAGUAACGUGUCAGAGAAGAGAGAGUGGCUACUAAACAAGAAUAUAAAUGUUACAAAUGAAAGGGAUGAAUUAAUAUCCAAAAAUACAAACCUGACUAAACAAAGAGACCAGUUCAAGCAGGAGAGAGAUGAACUGUUGAAAACUUUCAAGGAAACAGAUGGAUGGUUAUAUUUUAGCUUCAGUUUCUACUUCUUUUCCUCUGAGAAGAAGAGCUGGACUGAGAGCAGAAGAUACUGUACAGAGAGAGGAGCAGAUCUUAUCAUCAUAAACAACACUGAGGAACAAGAGUUUGCAAAAAAGUUUUCACACGGUAAUGAAUUCUGGAUUGGUCUGACUGACAUUGAUGUGGAGGGUAAAUGGAAAUGGGUUGAUGGCAGCACACUGACCUCUGGGUUCUGGGCAUCUGGACAGCCCAAUGGGAAUAAAAAUGAGAACUGUGCUGUGACUUAUUCACCAGGAUGGACUGAUUAUCCAUGUAUUUAUGCUCUUAAAUGGAUCUGUGAGAAGAGCAUUGUAAAGUAUACAAGGAAGAACAUUCAACAUCUGCACAGCUUAAUGGUGCUGGACUGUAAAAGAGCAGAAAUGUCUGUUGGUAUUUAUAACAAUGUGAUCAGGACUGAAUCUUUGGAAAUAAACAAAGAUAGAGUGGACAAGACUGUGGAAAUCUAUGAGAGUGCAGAUUGUGUGAGAGAUCAUGACUUCAGAACAGAGACAAAAACACAUCAACCACCUCAGCAAACAGGAAGUGAUUCAGUGAAGAUCCGAAACUACAGAGCAGCUGUAGUGUGUUUGGUGCUGCUGUGUGUUCUUCUGCUGACUGCAGUUAUAGUGCAGUGUGUCCACAUCCAUACAAACAACACAAACUUGACAAAUAAAAAGGAUGGAUUAUUAAUCAAGAAUGAUACCCUGACUAAACAAAGAGAGCAGUUUUUCCAGGAGAGAAAUUACCUGGCGGAGAGUCUUCAAAAAAUAGAUGGACGAUUAUACUAUAAUUUUAGUUUUUACUUCAUUUCCUCUGAGAAAAAGAGCUGGAAUGAGAGCAGAAGAUAUUGUACUAAAGAGAAAGAAGCAGAUCUGAUCAUCAUAAACAACAGAGAGGAACAAGAUUUUGUCAGGAAGAUUGCUAACAAUGCUUAUGUCUGGAUUGGUCUGACUGACACUGAUGUGGAGGGAACAUGGAAAUGGGUUGAUGGCAGCACACUGACCUCUGGGUUCUGGGAUCCUCGAGAGCCCAAUGGAAAAAAGGGAGAGAACUGUGCCCUAUCAUAUUCACCAGGAUGGGCUGAUUUUUCAUAUGGAUGGUUAUACUCUAGCUUCAGUUUUUACUUCAUUUCCUCGCUAAAGAACAGCUGGACUGAGAGCAGAAGAUACUGUACUGAAAGAGGAGCAGAUCUGAUCAUCAUAAACAACAGAGAGGAACAAGAUUUUGUUAAUAAACUAUCUUGUGGAACUAAUGUCUGGAUUGGUCUGACUGACAGAGAAGUGGAGGGAACAUGGAAAUGGGUUGAUGGGAGCACACCAACCUCUAGGUUCUGGAUGUCUAAAGAGCCAAACAGUUUUGCGGGUGAUGAAGACUGUGCUAUAAAUAAUUCAGGAUGGGCUGAUUUUCCAUGUAAUACUGAUUUUCCAUGGAUAUGUGAGAAGAGUUUUUUAAAAUAAGUGAUCAAAUAAACUGCCAGUGUCUGAGCAGAUACGGAACAUGGUCUUUC